CAAGUAAAGUGAGUAAGCGGACUUUUACCCCGUACAUUCUGAGAUAUGCUUUCCAGCCGAAAAAUUCUCUUCUUCUGUAAUCGGCAGAGCUCAACUCGCAGCGGAAAUGUUUGUCGCUUUGACAGUCUGGUGGAUUUGCCUCUGUAGCAUACGUCGGGCUGCCUCUGAAGGUGAGCAUGACAAAACAAUCACAGCUGAGUCUGGACAGAACGUCACUCUGAGAUGUCGAGCUCCAAACAGCAACAACAUAGUUGUAGAGUGGAGCAGAGCUGACCUGGAGAUGGAAUAUGUCCUUUUGUAUCGGGAUGGGUAUCUUGAUACAUCUUACCAGCAUCCAUCCUUUAAGAACCGGGUGGAUCUGCAGGACAGACAGAUGAAUAAUGGAGACGUGUCUUUGAUUCUGAAGAAUGUGACGACUGCUGAUGCUGGAACAUACGAGUGUCGUGUCUUUCACACAAGAAAAAUGCACAGAAAGAGAGCUGUUCUGGACAGUGAUCCCAUCAGCAUCAUCACCCUGAGUGUUGUUCCUCCUCCAGGUCAGACAGGAGGACUCAGAGAGGAUGGAGGGAAGAAGGAUGGAGGAGAGAAAAGUGGUUCUGUUGGUCUGAACGCUGGUCUGUCAGUUCCUGCUGUGCUUCUUGCUGCUGCGCUGUUGUUUUGUGAUCUACAGAAAACAUAAACAAAGUCAGGAUUCAUAUCAUCUUCUUUUACACAAUCCUGUGUAAAAAAGAUAUUACAAACUUAUUGAGCAUGACAUGUUCACCCCUCCCUGAAUUGCCACCUUAUCGUGGUGGAGGGGUUUGUGUGCUGAGAUGAUACUGGGAGCUUUGCUGUCUGGAGUGUUCAGCUCCUGGUAGGGUCUCCCAUGGCAAACAGGUCUCAGAGGAUCAGCCAGACUAAGAGCAAUUCAAAAACCGUUUUAGUGUCUGUACCAGACCUGUUUGCAAUACCAAAUUCCAGUCCGGAUGGGAAUGAUGUGAUUUCUGGUUGCAUAAGGGAGUGAUAAUAACAUAUAUAACCAGUUAAUAACCAGUUAAAUACUGAUAAAACGGAAACACUGAUUAUUGCUCCUGACCACAUGAUCUCGGAAAUUAGGUGACAUAUCAGCUUCUUUGGCCCUUCUGUGCAAUCAAGCCUCAGAAAUUUUGGCGUCAUUUUUGAUGGUUCAGUGUCCCUCGAGCAUCACUCCAAACAGCUAUUUCAGAAUUGUUUUUAUCAUUUAAGGAAUUUCUCAAAACUCAGAUUACUGGUGUCAAAGGCUGAGCUUGAGAUGAUUAUUCAUGCUUUUAUCUCUUCCCGUCUGGAUUAUUGUAAUGGUCUUUGAACUUGUUUCAACAAAUCAGCUUUGGAUCAUCUUCAAACUGUGCAGAACGCUGCGGCAAGACUUUUAACUGGCACCAAUAGAAGAUCUCGUAUCACUCCAGUUUAGGCUUCUUUUCAUUGGUUGGCAGGUUGUAGAAUUCUCUUCCACUGUCUUUUUGCUCCAUUGACUCUUUUAAAAAGCAGCUGAAGACAUUUUUAUACAGAUAAGCUUUUAAUUAACAUGUUAUAUUGUGUUCUGUUGUUUGAUAUUGUUGUACUUUUAUUUUUGUUCUUUGUUGUGAAACACUUGUGAUUUUUAAAUCUGAUAAGUGCUAUAUGAAUACGUUUUACUUACUUACUUACUAAAAAUUUGGAAUAGAAUAAAUAAUAUAGCCUUGAAAUACCAAACCUUAGAAAACAGUGUGAGAACAGAGGGAUGAUUACAGUCACGUGUUGGCUGGUGUGGAGAUUAUGUGACACUUACAUAAUUGUAAAGUACCUCAAGUACAUUUUAUGAAAAUUAUUCCCUUUCAACAUGUUUGUGUGUCUGUAUUUAUUUAAAAAAAAAAAAAAACCUAAGAGUUUCUUGUUUGCACUAAGUGCUCGCAGGUCCCUCUAAGUACAUCAGAUUUUGCUCAAUUCAAGCUAUAAUGGAAUCAAAAUUAACUGAGUUUAAUAAAAAUCUUUAUUUUUUA